AUGUCUCGUGACCACCCAAUGGUGAAGAAGGAAGGGGAUGGAGGCAAUCGAAACUAUCACAAUCGAAAUCCUAGUGGACGGGUAGCUAGCAGGCCAAAGGCUCAUGGUAACGUUUUCGCAAUGAGCGGAAAAGAAGUAUCUUACUCUGACACGAUGAUUGGAGGCACAUCACAUUUAUUUAUUUCUAGUAGUUGUGUGGAACGUUUGAGAUUGUCUACCAUAGCAUUGCCAUUUGAUUUGUCUGUUCAUACCCUGAGUAAUGACCCUGUUAUGACUGCCAAAGCAUGCUGGGAGUGUCCUAUUAGUAUAGAUGGUAGAAACUUUGUAGUGAAUCUCUUCUGUCUUCCUUUAAAAGGAUUGAAGUUAAGGAUUCAAAGUGCCAACUACAAAGAUUUUUCCUUAAAGGAAGAAGUUCGGGGAUUUGUAAUGUCCUUACUGAUAGAAGGAAAGAGAGAAAAGUUAGAUGAUUUGCCAGUAUUGAGAGAAUUUCCUGAUGUUUUUCCUGAUGAUAUUCCAGGAUUACCUCCAGAAUGA